AUGGAAGACGCCGCCGAGGCCGCCGGACGCGCGGUCAGCCGGCGCGCUGGCGAGGAGGAAGCGGCCGCAGCGGCGUUCACAGUUGAAGAUCAGCAGACAGACGAACUCGGAGCGAGCCAGUGCGUCCGACGCGGAACCCCCGCCUCGGAAGGCAGACACCCGCAGGCCUAUCCAGAGGAGGCACAAACGGAGGAGGAGAGUGCGCGUGGCGCACGCGUGGAAGGCGAGAUAGACAGAGAGGUAGACAUGGCACUGGACGCUGCGGCGUCCGUCGUCCCUAUAGCCGAGUGGGCUGCGAGGCAGCGUGCAGACCCGAGGCAAGCGGCGGACGACAGCGUGUGUCUCAAUUUCCAAGGCUCCGCUGCUAGUUCGUCCAUUCCUCGUGAUUCGUCUCCAUCUCGUCCUCCGCCACCAUCCUCGGCAGCGUCGCCUCCCACUGCGAGCGCUUCUCUCGAUGUUCCUUCCGGCUGCUCGCGGUCGAGUUUCGUCUGCGACGCUUCUCAAGCGUCUCUCCUCUCGUUCGCCUCGCCCGCUCUGAAGCGGCAGGACGGCGGCGGGACUCCAGGGGUCUUCACUCCGCAGAAGGAGAGCGAGGCGUCGGCGCAGUGUUACCGCGGCGCGCAGGCCGACGCGGCGUCGCCUCCUGAGGACGAGGUUGGCGCCGCCUCGCGGGUCGCUUCAGGAGAAGCUGAAGGCGCGUCGGAGACAACUGCAGAGGCGCGGGAAUGCGCCGGGAAGGAGGACGGAGAAGAGACGAGGGCGGCCCAGAAGAACGACCUCUUCCUGGGUAUGUGGCCUUCGUUCUCGCUGGCGGGCACCCUCGAGGCGCCUUCUCUUCCCCAGCAGGCGGCGGCCUGCAAGCGAUUCACCGAGCAGAAACAAGCAGAGGAAUUCCUGGCGACGCUGAGUGCAGAGGAAAAAAAUCUUCUUCAGCGGCGGUACUCCCGUGUCGCGAGGCAGCUCGCGCGGCUCCCUGCCCUCCGGUCGAUGCCCCAAGAGAAGUUUCGCUCGUUUGCCCUGAAGGACGAGAAGGCAAGGGAGGACUACGUGGAGCUUUGGAAGGAACAGGAAAAGCAGCUGAGGGCUCUGCAGCCUCACGAUAUCGUCUUCGCAAACUUGCACGCGCGCCUGAAGGAGCUCUACCCCGAACGGAGCGAUGUGGCCUUGUACGACAUGUGCCGGAGAGUCUGUGCGCAUGCAAAGAAGGAAGGCCGCAAAGACGUGCUGGGCCCACUGAGAGGGGCGCUGUCUCACGCUCGGUUCGCUCUGGCUCGAGAGCACAGAAAAGCCCGCUCUUUCGAGACGGGCGACGCGGGAGACGCGCGUCGAAACGACAGUGAGUAG